CACGCCUAAGCUGAAGCGGACCGCGCGUGCUGCCCUAAACAACGGGAAGACCACCGGCCGUCGGAGCGCCGCCGCACACUCUACCUCUCCGUCGCCUCUCCGCCCGGCGGUACAAGUUCCUGCCGCCGCCUCUCCGCCCCCUGGCGCGCGCCUAGUUGGAGAACAAUGGACCAGAUAAGCUCCGCCACGACAACUCCUCAUCCGAGAGCGAAGGCCACCCUGGUUCUCGGCGCAGAAUCCUUCGCGGUCAGCUCCGAGUCUGGGACGCUGUCGGAGCAGCUGGCGGCGAUGAGGGAGAAGAGUAUGGUGAUCCUCAAGGACUACAUCACCAGGCACAACGCCCCGAACGACGUCCCCGAUGAGCCCGUCGAGGGCUUGUCUGACGACGAGGGCGAGGCGCUCGCUAAAAACCCACCCAAGAAAUCUAAGAAGCAGAAGUGAUGGUCCUAAUCUCGUUGAUCUGUUGCAAUUUGCCUUAGCCCCCUUGGGAGAACACCGUGUCUGUCCCUUGCUGAAUGUUCCUUCUGACGCACAUUGUUAGGCACUUAUCUGCUUUGUGUAAAGAACUGCUAUCUGAUGAUAUGCCUAGGGGAAGUCUGCCCCUUGCUGUAUGACGCAAAUUUUAGAUGUUUUGCUUUGAGGAGAAUAUAUGAGAUUUAGCACAAGAGCUCUUUUUGCUGUCAAAUGUCAGUGUGCAGGAAGGCACCAACCAACUUGAAAUCCAACAAUAAACAGGUCUUUUGAUAGCGG